CAAACACUUGCAUUUAACAAUGUCCGAUAAUGAAAAGAAUAUUCCUGAAGGUUGGGAAGUACGCACAAGUCGUUCUACCGGCCUAACAUACUACCUAAACAUUUACACCAAGGAAUCACAAUGGGAUUUACCAACGGAACCGGCCAAAAAAGAAGUAUCUUCCAGUGGACCCAGCGAGGUGCGUUGCUCCCAUUUGUUGGUCAAGCACAAGGGCAGUCGUCGCCCAUCGUCGUGGCGUGAAGAGAAUAUUACACGCACCAAAGAAGAGGCCCGUCAACUGCUCGAGGAUUAUCGCAAACAAAUCGAAAAUGGUUCUGCCACUCUGGAUGAAUUGGCUCAAAAAUACUCCGAUUGUAGUUCAGCCAAACGUGGUGGUGAUUUGGGUAUGUUUGGCCGUGGCCAAAUGCAAAAACCCUUCGAAGAGGCUGCAUUUAGCUUGAAGGUGGGACAAUUAUCGAAAAUUGUCGAUACAGAUUCGGGUUUGCAUAUUAUUUUACGCACAGAAUAG